UGCCAAGAAACCAUCAGACACAACUGAACAAUGAAAAAGUAGAUAUUUUGAAUUCUGAAAAAUGUGCAUUGUUCUGGUUGUAAUACUAUUUUCUUUUAAGCCCUUGAAGCAAUAUAGGAGGUGAGGACAUGAAGACUACUGCAGUAACAUUUUAUCUCAUUUCAAGCACUGGACUAUGACAUCCCAUUUCCUCAUAACUCCAAUUGAAAUUAUGCACUCCAUUCCUUUUCUUUGUUCUUUUCCAUUCAAGCACUUCUCACUGUUUAUUAUUGCCAUAGGCCAACGGAGAUGGUGCCUUGAAAAUAAUAGAAACUUAGUUACCUUUGGAGUGGCCUUUUUCCUUAUGUCUCUUCCAGAGUGUAGCAGGGACUAGGGGGAGGAGGGAUUUUCCUCUUCCCCCAUUCAGCUGAACAACGUGCUCACUCGGAUACACCCAUCCAAAAGAGAUCCAGAGUUCUACUGCAAAGUUACGGUGAAUUGCAGAAAGCAGCAGAUGGGGAGAGCUUAGUGCAGAGACUAGCUCAGAAGAGAUGCUAUGCCCAGGGAGAAUAUCAUAAGGAUACCAUGAAGAAAGACUUUGGAAAAAAGAGGAAAGGUCAAUUCAAUUCAUAGCUCUACCAGCAGUGGAUUAAUGUGCCUGCCCUUCCUGCCACAUCUCCAACAGUUUGCUCCGGUAGCCGUACCUAAUGGGUCAUCCUGACUUCCAGAAACCUGACCAAAUCAAAGGCCACUUCAGCUUGAAGCAUGGAGGAAAAUGGUGUCUAUGAUGAGGACCAUCUCACAGAUUAUGAAAUUCAGGUUAGCAUUCAAGAAUCCAUUGAAGCCAACAAGAAAGAGCUUUAUCCUGAAAGGUUUGUGCCUCUAAGUGCUCAGAACAGAAAACUUGUAGAAGCCAUUAAAAAAGGCCAAAUCCUUGAGCUCCAGGACUAUGUGAAAUAUAAAUAUGCUUUGGAUGAAGCUGAUGAUAAUGGAUGGUUCCCACUGCAUGAGGCGGCAGUUCAACCUGUUCAACAAAUACUUGAAAUUGUUCUGGAUGCAUCCUACAAAACUCUUUGGGAAUACAAUACUUGUGAUGGAGAAACACCAUUAACCCUAGCAAUUGAUUCUGGUCUGGUGGAAAAUGUAAGAACUCUGCUGGAAAAGGGAGUGUGUCCAGACACCAAAAACCUCAAAGGAGAAACUCCGCUUCUGCUUGCUAUUAGAAAGGGUUCCUAUGACAUAGUGUCCGUUCUGAUUAAACAUAACACUAACCUCGACCUACCGUGUAUCAAAAGAUGGUCAGCGAUGCAUGAAGCAGCCAAACAGGGCCGCAAGGAUAUUAUUGCUCUGCUCCUAAAGAAUGGAGGAAAUGUGCACCUGCGUGAUGGAUUUGGAAUUACACCUCUGGGUGUUGCUGCUGAGUACGGUCACUGUGACGUGUUAGAACACCUCAUCCAUAAAGGUGGUGAUGUUUUCGCUUUGGCGGAUGAUGGGGCAUCUGUGCUGUUUGAGGCAGCAGGAGGGGGUAAUCCUGACUGUAUUUCUCUUUUGUUGGAAUAUGGAGGAAGUGGUAAUGUUCCUAAUAGAUCAGGACACCUCCCUAUUCAUCGAGCUGCUUAUGAAGGACAUUACUUGGCUCUGAAAUACCUCAUCCCAGUAACAUCCAAAAAUGCAAUACACAAAAGUGGGUUAACCCCCAUUCAUUCAGCAGCUGAAGGCCAAAAUGUGCAGUGUCUGGAAUUACUCAUUGAAAAUGAUUUUGAUGUCAAUACUCCCCUGGCUGAUCACAUUUCUGAGAACUAUGAUGAUGGAAGGAAGACUGCACUGUAUUUUGCUGUUUCCAAUAAUGACAUCCUCUGUACAGAAGUUCUGUUGGCUGCAGGUGCAGACCCAAACCAAGAUCCCCUAAACUGUUUGCUUGUGGCAGUGAGAGCUGGAAAUCAUGAAAUUGUCAGAUUGCUUCUUUCUCAUGGAGCAAAUGUCAAUUGUUACUUCAUGUGUGUGAAUGACACCAGGUUCCCCAGUGCCAUUCAAUACGCUUUGAAUGAUGAGGUAAUGCUUAGACUGUUGCUGAAUAAUGGCUAUCAAGUAGAGAUGUGCUUUGAUUGCAUGCAUGGGGAUAUCUUUGGAAAUUCCUUUGUGUGGUCUGAGAUUGAAGAAGAUGUUCUCCCAGGAUGGACUUCUUGUGUAAUAAAAGAUAACCCGUUCUGUGAGUUUAUUACAGUUCCUUGGAUGAAGCAUUUGGUGGGUCGUGUUAUGCGUAUUUUAAUAGAUUAUAUGGAUUACGUUCCUCUAUGUGAUAAACUGAAGUCUAUGCUAGAAGUACAGAGAGAAUGGCCAGAAAUUCGCCAAAUAUUAGAGAACCCCUGCUCAUUAAAGCAUUUGUGUCGACUACAAAUUCGAAGACUUGUGGGAUUAAAGAGACUGUGCAAAACAGAAUUUAUAGAGAAGCUUCCUCUACCAACUACCUUAAGAGAAUAUAUCUUGUUUAAAGAAUAUGAUCUAUAUGGACAAGAAUUGGGGUUAUCAUGAUUCCUAAGGAGUUUUAAAAAUCAUUCCUUCAGAAAGGCUCAGUAAGAAAGGGGAGGAGGUGUUUCUCAUAUAUUAAAUGAAGACAGGAACAGCUGCACCCACAGAUGAGGCUUAGAAGAUGUUAAUGCAACCCUGGUUCCACAGCCUUAUCAUGACAAGCUUCUGGAUGCUGCCUUUCAUAAGGCUGAGAUCUCCCAUGCUCUUUUCUUCACUGUGAGAUCUGCUUAGCAUUAUACAGAACGUCUGGAUAUCAUUGAGUAGCUUCUGAAUGUACAGUAAAUUCUGGUUUUCAGUGUGCUGUCAUGAAAUGAUAUCACCUUACCUGGUUAAAGCCAAAUGUGAUAUUUUCAGGUUUUAGAACUAAUAAAAAAAAAGUUGAAACUA